AUGGAGGGAUUUGCCAUUCCGGCCCUGGUUUCUGCUGUCGCUUUUGCGGCAACGAGCUCCGGUCUUUUGCACCCUCCGGCCUCGGUUGCCCUGCCAUUCAUUGCCUGCACUUCCCGUGAUUUCACUGCUGUUGGAGGCCUGGCUGCCCUGUGGCUCUGCUUGCGCGUGUUCCUGCAGGGCGAUCUCACGCUCCAUUUCCUCAAGGUCUCGCGCACUUUGCACCAGCCACGGCCAGAAUAUGCCGGGUUUGAGAAGCACGAGGACUGCCGGUUUGGAUGCGGAGCAUCGCAACAAGGUAGCAACACAAUGUGUGUAGGCUCAUUCUUUCAAGGCCGGGUUGUGGCAGAGCUGUAG